UCUAGGAGAGACGCCGCAGGAGAAACUAUACAUGCUGACAACCUCGAUUUUGGACUUCUAGCCUCUAGAAUAUCUGAUCCGGCCUGAAGAUGACCUCGCUGGUCUCUGUGGUGUCUAGCUCCCGUGCCCGGCUCUUCGCCUGCUUCCUCAGGCUGGGCUCUCAGCAGGCCAGCCCCCUGCAGCUGCACACGGGGGCCAGCCUUGCAGCCAAGAGCCACUAUGAGGUGCUGGUGCUGGGUGGGGGCAGUGGUGGGAUCAGCAUGGCCGCCCGCAUGAAGAGGAAAGUGGGCGCAGAGAACGUGGCCAUCGUUGAGCCCAGCGAGACACAUUUCUACCAGCCCAUCUGGACCCUGGUGGGUGCUGGUGCCAAACCAUUAUCCUCAUCUGGCCGUCCCACAGCAAAUGUGAUUCCAUCUGGUGUGGAGUGGAUCAAAGCUAGGGUGGUUGAUCUGAAUCCAGACAAGAACUGCAUCCACACAGAUGAUGACAAGAAGAUCUCCUACAAGUAUCUUAUCAUUGCUCUUGGAAUCCAGCUGGACUAUGAGAAGAUCAAAGGCCUCCCUGAAGGUUUUGCCCAUCCCAAAAUAGGGUCCAACUACUCAGUGAGGACGGUGGAGAAGACAUGGAAAGCUCUGCAGGACUUCAAGGAGGGCAACGCCAUCUUUACCUUCCCUAACACUCCGGUGAAGUGCGCUGGGGCCCCGCAGAAGAUCAUGUACUUAUCAGAAGCCUAUUUCAGGAAGACUGGAAAGCGACCCAAGGCCAAUAUCAUUUUCAAUACUUCUCUUGGAGCCAUUUUUGGGGUCAAGAAGUAUGCAGAUGCCCUACAGAAGAUUAUCCAGGAGAGGACCCUCACUGUCAACUACAAGCAAAAUCUCAUUGAAGUCCGAGCUGAUAAGCAAGAGGCUGUUUUUGAGAAUCUGGACAAACCUGGAGAGACCCAAGUGAUUUCAUAUGAAAUGCUUCACGUUACACCACCCAUGAGCUCACCAGAUGUUCUCAAGACGAGUCCUGUGGCUGAUGCUGCCGGCUGGGUGGACUUGGACAAAGACACUCUGCAGCACAAGCGGUACCCAAAUGUGUUUGGGAUCGGGGACUGUACCAACCUGCCGACAUCAAAGACUGCUGCCGCCGUAGCUGCACAGUCAGGAGUACUUGACAGAACAAUUUCCCUGAUUAUGAAGAAUCAAACACCAGUGAAGAAGUAUGAUGGCUACACGUCGUGUCCGCUGGUCACUGGCUACAACCGUGUGAUUCUCGCAGAGUUUAACUACAACUCUGAGCCCCUGGAGACCUUCCCUUUUGACCAGAGCAAAGAGAGACUUUCCAUGUACCUCAUGAAGGCUGACAUGAUGCCGUUCCUGUAUUGGAAUUUGAUGCUGAGGGGCUACUGGGGAGGACCAGCCUUUCUGCGGAAAUUGUUCCAUCUGGGUAAGAGCUGAGGAUGGCCCAGCACUUGCUCUCCCUGGAUGGCUUCUGGACCAGAAUCACAACCAUGGAUUGACCAAAAGCAGAAUGAAGAACUCAAAACCCAGCCCCAUAAAGAAUUUAGUGCUGGAUGACAGUGACCAAAUGCCUCCCUUCUCAGUCCCUCCGGGCAGCUCCCAUGCAGGCUGCUCAGGACAAGCUUAAUUAUUUGGAAACAUUCAAAUGAAAAAAUAGACUUCUAUUUUUUAAAUAAAAGCUCCCACUGAUUGAGAUUCUAUGAGAAGACUU